CCUGUGCUGGCGGUCCCGGCCGCUCACCGAGCGAACUCCCUGGGCCACCCGGCCGGGCUAUGAUCCCGAGAGCGCUGCUGCUACUGGGGCUGCUGGGGGCUCUGGGGACGCCGCUGUCUCCUGGCGUUCACGGCUUGGAGGCGGAGGGCCGGCUCCGCGACAAACUUUUCUCGGGCUAUGACAGUACGGUGCGCCCGGCACGGGAGGUGGGAGACCGCGUCCUGGUCAGCAUUGGCCUCACCCUAGCGCAACUUAUAAGUCUGAACGAGAAGGAUGAGGAGAUGAGCACAAAGGUGUACUUAGACCUGGAGUGGACUGACUACAGGCUGAGCUGGGACCCCGCGGAGCACGAUGGCAUCGACUCGCUGCGCGUCACAGCUGAAUCGGUGUGGUUACCGGACGUGGUACUCGUGAACAACAAUGACGGAAACUUUGAGGUCGCUCUGGAUAUUAACGUCGUGGUGUCCUCCGACGGCUCCGUGCGCUGGCAGCCUCCGGGCCUCUAUCGCAGCAGCUGCAGCAUCCAGGUCACCUACUUCCCCUUUGACUGGCAAAACUGCACCAUGGUGUUCAGUUCCUACAGCUAUGACAGCUCAGAGGUCAGCCUGUGGACAGGCCUGGGCCCUGAUGGGCAAGAGCAGCAGGAAAUCCACAUUCAUGAAGGCACCUUCAUUGAGAACGGCCAAUGGGAGAUUAUCCAUAAACCCUCUCGGCUUAUCCAGCCUCCAGGGAAUCCUAGGGGACAGGGGAAAGGACAGCAUCAGGACGUCACUUUCUAUGUCAUCAUUCGCCGGAAGCCUCUCUUCUACCUUGUCAAUGUCAUUGCCCCAUGCAUCCUGAUCACACUCCUGGCCAUCUUUGUCUUCUAUCUGCCUCCGGAUGCGGGGGAGAAGAUGGGGCUCUCGAUCUUUGCCUUGCUGACUCUUACUGUGUUCCUGCUGCUGCUGGCAGACAAAGUGCCUGAGACCUCCCUAUCAGUCCCCAUCAUUAUCAAGUACCUCAUGUUCACCAUGGUCCUCGUCACCUUCUCCGUUAUCUUGAGCGUCAUAGUCCUCAACCUGCACCACCGCUCACCCUACACCCACCAAAUGCCCCUUUGGGUUCGACAGAUCUUCAUCCACAAACUACCGCGGUACCUGGGUCUGAAGAGGCCCAAACCUGAGAGAGACCACAUGCCGGAGCCCCCUCCUCUAGCCCUCAAGGAUUCCCCAGGAAGUGGCUGGGGUCGGGGAACAGAUGAAUAUUUCAUCCGGAAGCCACCGAGUGAUUUUCUCUUUCCUAAACUCAACAGGUUCCAGCCUGAACUGACUGCCCCGGACCUGCGGCGAUUUAUCGACGGCCCAAACCGGGCUGUAGGCCUGCCUCCCGAGCUACGAGAGGUCGUUUCUUCGAUCAGCUACAUCGCUCGACAGUUGCAGGAGCAGGAGGACCACGAUGCGCUGAAGGAGGACUGGCAAUUUGUGGCCAUGGUUGUGGACCGCCUCUUCUUGUGGACCUUCAUCAUCUUCACGAGCGUUGGGACCCUAGUCAUCUUCUUGGACGCCACGUACCACGUGCCUCCUCCCGACCCCUUUCCUUGAGGACAGGAGAGCCGAGACCCAGGUCCCCAGCCAGUUGAACUCAGAGUUCUGCAGUACUCUCAAGCCGUGUCCCUUCUCUGCCUCUUAACCUCUGGAAUUUAUGUCAGAAUUUCUCAAAACCCUCCCUCUAUGGGAAUCCAGCCCUCACCAUUUCUCUCCCUGGGGAGGAAGCAGAAGUGGGACUGAGACAGAUGGGGGCUGUGGGCUUACUCUUUGAGUUCUUGAAGAAGCUCCUUUGGAUAUCAACACCUAGGCCCCUAAUGAAAUGGAUCAAAGAACAAGUAGUAGACUACAAGCCCUAUGACGGCAGGAACUGUGUCUUGUUUACUUUACUAUCCCCAGCACCUGGCAUAGGUCCUCACUUAUAGUAGGUGCUUAACAAACAUUUGAAUGAAUUGGGAAAAAAUUUUCCGGAAGGAAAUACACCAAUUUGGUAGUGCUUAUCUUCGCAUGUUGGGACAAGUGGUCAUUUUUUCUUUUCUGAAAUUCUUUUGUGAUGAGUAUUAUCCUUAGGAUUAAAAAAAUAAGGUUAUUUCGGAAAGCAAGUGCUUGUAAUGAGAAAAAAAGCAUUUUAAAGAAUUCCAUUCAAGUUCCAGCUCUGGUGCUCAAACAUUGGACAAGCCACUGAAACUGCUUUGUGCCUCAGUUUCCUUAUCGGUAAAAGGAAGCUAAUAAUACUACCUUCUCCUUAGGUUGUCUGAGAAUCAUAUGAGAAGCACUAUACAUUUCAGAGGUCACAAGCUUGUGUGUUUGGCUUGGCCCAUGGUAAACGUUUUAAAUUUGAGUUCAUUGGCUGCCUUUUGAAACUGGGAUAUUUCAAAGGGAAAUUUGGAUUUCUUAAUUCUCUUGAAAAAAUUUAAAAACCUUCAUAACACCAGGCCUGGGUUCUCUAUUGGCAGCAACCUGCUAGAGCUGAUUAGUGGCUACCGGCUCUGGUAAAGGAAUUUAUGCCAGAAUUCCUCAAAACCCUCACCCACCUGACCAGCUUCACUCAUUUUACCUGCCCAGCCUCCAUUACGCUGGAAAAGAAACAAGGGAAGAAAGCGGGGACAAGAAGUUGAAGUCAAUGGGAAGGCUAGGAGUGAAAAACAGGCCAUGUCUGCAAUUUCCUUUUAACUUGUGGAAAGGGUUGGACCUGGUUUAAGGCAUGGCCCUUCCAGGACACAGAUCUUGGGCCCAGCACUUCUGCACAACAGGCUGUGUGAACAGGACUCAGUUAAUGACUCUGCCUGGAGAUUGGACCAAAGAAAGCUCGAGCCUAGUGGCUGUGCAAUAGCAGUGAUGUACCUAAGGUCAGCAGGCCCUCACAUCUACUCAACUGCUGGAAGCUGUCCUAAGGGAAAGAAUAGGGCUACAAUUCCCAGGGAUCCCCAUGGGAUAAGGCUAGCAUGUCCCUGUCCACCAGGCCCACCAGCCACGCAAAUAAUUGCACCUGGCACCCCGCUGCGGAGCACAGUUCAUUUGUCUUGUUGGUUUAUUGGCCUAGAGAGUUGGACACACACACAAACGCAGAGAUAAAUAUCAGUCAGUUUCUCUAUAUCUGGGUCCUCACUACGUAUAGAGCUAGAGUCUGUAGAAUUUUAAAUCUUGCGUGCUGUGGCACAGAACCAGUGGCCUUCCCACUCUGCCAUCACCCUUCUUCCCAGAGAACAUGGGGAAAGAGAGUACAAACUGACAAGACUUGAUAGCUUUCAAAAGACAAAAUUGCAAAA